AUGGAUUCUAUGCUAACUUUAGCAACGGAAGAGCCUGCUAAGAAGAACACUGUCAAGAAAUACAAAAUAAUUUGUAUCGUUCUUCUUGCUUUGUUGGUGAUCCUGUCACUUGGAUUAGGCCUGGGACUUGGACUCAGGGCACAAGACAAUGAAGAGAGCUGCAGGAGAAAAUGCUUUGAUUCAUCGUUUAGAGGAAAGUUGGGCUGCCGGUGUGAUGAAGGGUGUAGAGACCGAAUGGAUUGCUGCUGGGACUUUAUAAGUGUCUGUGUGGAAUCAACUCAAAUAUGGUCAUGCAGUUCAUCUCGUUGUGGGGAAAGCAGAAAGGUGGCCAGUCUUUGCUCCUGUGCAGAGGACUGUUUGCUGAAGCGAGACUGCUGUGCUAACUACAAGAGUGUUUGCCAAGGAAAAACCUCUUGGGUGGAAGAAGGCUGCACCACAGCUGAGCAGACUCAGUGUCCAGAAGGGUUUGACCUGCCACCUGUUAUCUUGUUUUCCAUGGAUGGCUUUAGAGCUGAAUAUUUAGACACAUGGAGUAUUUUAAUUCCUCAUAUCAAUAAACUGAAAACAUGUGGAAUUCAUUCAAAAUACAUGAGAGCUGUAUAUCCUACCAAAACCUUCCCAAAUCAUUACACCAUUGUCACGGGCUUGUAUCCAGAAUCACAUGGUAUCAUUGACAAUAAUAUGUAUGAUGUACAUCUCAACAAGAAUUUUUCACUUUCUUCAAAGGAGAAAAAUAACCCAGCCUGGUGGAAGGGGCAACCAAUAUGGCUGACAGCAAUGUACCAAGGUUUAAAAGCUGCUGCCUACUACUGGCCAGGAUCAGAUGUGGCUAUUAAUGGCUCCUUUCCUACAAUAUAUAAGGAUUACAAUGGUAAGAUCUCAUAUGGAGAGAGAGUCUCUACUUUAUUAAAAUGGCUGGACCUACCCAAAGCUGAAAGGCCCAAUUUUUAUACCAUAUAUGUGGAAGAGCCUGAUUCUGCAGGACAUGACGAGGGGCCCGUCAGUGGCAAAUUACUUAAAGCCUUACAGUUAGUGGAUAGUACCUUUGGAUUGUUGAUGGAGGGCCUAAAACAGCGGAAUUUACACAAUUGUGUGAACAUAAUCAUUUUGGCUGACCAUGGAAUGGAUCAGACUGCUUGUGACAAGGUGGAAUAUAUGACUGAUUAUUUUCCUCAAAUAAACUUCUAUAUGUAUGAAGGGCCUGCUCCUCGCAUCAGGACUAGAAAUGUACCCGAGGACUUUUUUACUUUUAAUUCUGAAGAAAUUGUUAUGAAACUCAGUUGCCAAAAACCCGAUCAGCAUUUUAAACCCUAUUUGACUCCUGAUUUGCCCAAACGACUACACUAUGCCAAAAAUAUCAGAAUUGACAAAGUUCAUCUUAUGAUGGAUCCACAGUGGCUGGCUAUGAGGAGGAAAGGAAGUUCAUACUGUGGAGGAGGCAACCAUGGUUAUAACAAUGAGUUUAAGAGUAUGCAGGCUCUCUUUUUGGCACAUGGACCCAGUUUUAAAGAACAGACUGAAGUUGAACCAUUUGAAAAUAUUGAAGUGUAUAAUCUACUGUGUGAUCUCCUACGCAUUCAACCAGCACCAAACAAUGGUACCCAUGGUAGUCUAAACCAUCUUCUGAAGGUGCCUUUUUAUGAACCAUCACAUGCAGAGGAAGUGUCAACAUUGUCAGUUUGUGGAGUUACAACUCUGUUGCCCACGGGAUUUUUAAACUGUUCAUGUCCUAAGACACAAGAUGCUCUCAAUCUGGAACAAAUGAAUCUAAGGCUAAAUCUGACUGAAGAAGAAAUAAUUGCAACAAUGAAAGUAAAUUUGCCAUUUGGGAGGCCCAGGGUUAUGCAGAAGAACAAGGAUCACUGUCUCCUCUACCACAGAGAAUACAUCACUGGAUUUGCAAAAGCUAUGAAGAUACCUAUGUGGAGUUCAUACACAGUUCCCAAGCCAGGAGACACAUCGCCUCCUCCUCCCACUGUCUCAGACUGUCUGCGGGUUGAUGUCAGGGUUACUUCUUUUGAGAGCCAAAAUUGUUCCUUGUCUUUUCCAGACGAGAAAAUCACCUACGGCUUCCUCUAUCCUCCUGCAAACAGUAGAACUUCUAAUAGUCGAUAUGAUGCUUUAGUUACAAGUAAUAUGGUCCCUAUGUAUGAAGAAUUCAAAAAAAUGUGGGACUAUUUCCAGGGGGUUCUUCUUAUAGAAUAUGCCACUAAAAAAAAUGGAGUAAAUGUGAUUAGUGGACCAAUAUUUGAUUAUAAUUAUGAUGGCCAUUUUGAUACUCCAGAUGAAAUUACAGAACAUGUAGUCAACUCCAGCGUCUCCAUCCCAACACACUUUUUUGUGGUGCUGACAAGUUGUAAAAACCAGAGUUUUGUACCAGACAAUUGCCCCGAGCAGUUGGAUGUCCUACCUUUUAUCAUCCCUCACCGACCUACCAAUGUGGAAAGCUGUCCUGAAAAUAAAAAAGAUGAUGUUUGGAUUAAAGAAAGAUUUAAAGCACAUAUUGCCCGGGUUCGUGAUGUAGAACUUCUUACUGGACUUGACUUUUACCAGGAAAAAGCACAGCCUGUCUCUGAAAUUUUGCAGCUAAAGACAUAUUUACCCCCAUCUGAAACUAGUAUUUAACUUAAUGUAUGAAACAAUUUUGGCAAA